AUGGUUGGGACCAAUGGAUUCCUUUGCUUUUAUAGUUUUAUAUGGUACUAGUAUCUUCACUUCCGCUACAACCUCUGAAAUGCAGAAUAGCUGCCGUUGGAUUUUCAAGAGGUUAAUCUAACCAUUUGGCAGUACCUCCUCUGCCCACCAGUGGGCCCCGGCCCAGUGGUUGAGAACAGCUGGUCUAAAGCACCCUUAUUGACAUCAGGAUUGUUUGGUUCCUCUCAUCUAAUCAUCUUUUAAUUUUGAGAUUUAUGGUUUGAUGAUUACAUCCAAGAGUCAGUAUUUAAACAUACAAUUUUAAGUUUUAAAAUCAAUCUUUAAUACCCCAGCAGGUAGCCUGACAAUACUUAGCUUGUUUUUGAAGAUGUAUCUGAAAUCCUGAAAGACUCUUUCAUUGCGCCAUUUUAAAAAUGCUAACUGUAUUACUGUUAAAGAUAAACAGUGAUUCUACAGUAAACUAGACUUUUAACCUGUUGUUCCAGAGUUCCUCUAACAAGCUAAUGGUCGUAACCGGAAGUAAAAUGUCCCCUGAGGGUGACUGGAUUAAACUUGAGCCUGAAGUGAACUGUGUGGAUGCAGAGGAUGCUCCAAUUUACAGCCUGCAGUCUGAAGCAGGUAACUUUGAAUGCAGUGUCUCUGGCUUGCGCUGGGUUAGUAAGGAUAAGGUCAGCUUGAAGUACCAGUUUGGUUCCUGGGAGGAGCACAUGGAGAGACUGGAGACCCUGCAUUACAUCCCUGGUGGUCCCCUACUGGACGUUAAAGUCAUUGCUGGAAAGUUAGAUGAAGCUCAUCUGCCACACUGGAUCUGCACAGAAGACGUCCCUAGAAUUUUACGCAAGAUGGCAGUCCUCCACAUAGACACCUGUGGAGACGUUGUGGAACAAGUGUCUGGGGUCACGCCAUCCCAUGUCAAGUUGUCCCAGCCAAUUUUCUCUCCAAGAGGGGUCCUGAUGAGAGUCGGCCUUCGAGUGAAAAUUAACUGUAAAGUGUUAAUAUACAAGACCAACAAAGCAUUCCUCACUCUGCAUGUCUAUCUGAUCCCUCGUGAUCCUGCUCUACAACAGACCAUAAAAAAGAAGGAAUCAUCCAGUGGAUCCAAAAUGAUCCAAAAGCCGCACCCGGAGAAGUACCUGCAAAUGCGCGAUCGUUUCAUCCUCACAGCCGAUUUGGACAGUGCAGAAAUUUACCCUGAGAAAUUGAAGCUCAUAUAUGAAGGCAGUGACCCAAACUUCUUUGAAGUGUUCAUUGAAAAUCCAGACAGUCAUUUCCAGCUCACAAUAAGACAUGGAUCUGAACCAGUGUGGACCUGUGCAAUUCGAAAAGAUGACUAUCAAAACACUGGUGAUAUUCAGGAGAAGUAUGAAGAGGCGCUUGCUAGAGUGAGGUCUAAACUUGUGGAGAAAAUGUCCAGAGAGCUGAUUAAUCAGCUGCUGGAUGACCUUUUAGAGGAUGGCGUCUUGAAUGAGGGGGAGAAAGACUCGGUACUUCAGGAGAACAACACCACUGCAAACAGGGCGCGCCACCUCAUCGACAUGGUGAAAAACAAAGGACGUGAAGCCAGCAGGAAGAUGUUUACUCACCUUCGAAGAAGAGACCCUUCACUCUCCGAUCAGCUGGGGCUGCUCUCUGGCCUGCCUGUGUAACCAGCAGUGUUCAAGGAGAGAAAUCCACACUCAUCCCUGCUGCUGAUGUAUUGUGGACAGAGAAAAUGAAGGCACUGUGUGUGACUUAGGCCCUGUCUACACAUAUAGGCUACAGAUAUUUUUAAAAACAAAUAUUUUCCCUUCCGUUUAAAAAAAAUAAAAAUAUCUGUCCACGUGACCUUCGUUUUGCAAAAUAUCUCCGUCCACACUUGAAUGCAAAAAAGACUUAAAACGCUUGCCGUAACAUUUACAUGUCACCACAAGUGAGAUCACAAGUUAAGGGUCAAGGAAUUUUGUUACCACCCUUCUCACUCCGUUUACUUCGGCUUCAUUACAGUCAGUUUGAUGACACUUAUUGUCCGUGGGUGGCUGGGAUUCCUGUAUCUACGUAGACUAAACACGUCCACGUAGAUACAAAGUAACCAGAGUUUUUAAAAAUCUGCACCUUAGAAUGUGUGAGCCAAAACUCUGUUUGCGUGUGGACGAGAGGCCAAAACGUAGAGGAAAAUAUCAGUUUUUAAAAAUAUCUGUGUACGUGUGGACAGGGCCUUAAAUGCACUGAAAGCCAUGAAUGUUUUUAUUGUUAAUAUGUUUAAUCAACUCUAAGCAAUUGAUCAAAGCUGAACUAGUCAAUAUUUUUGUAUUAACAAUGGGUAAAAUAAUGUGAAAGUUGUUGCUCGACAUACCCACAGUUUCCAGCUGCACACGCAGCUGUUUUCACUGAAAAAGCUUGAAUAAGCUCAGCAGAACUAGCUGGGGUACACAGUGCAGAUUUAGCUGCUUAAGAGCCUGAUAUUAAGAGAAGGUGAAGACAAAACAUAUAGGUCAAAAGAGAGUUUAUAAUGGAUUUAUUUGAUUUAUUUAACCAGGCAAGUAAUUAAGAACAAAUUGUUAUUUAUAAUGGCGGCCUGGCAAAAGGCAAAGCCUCUUGAGGGAAGGGGGUAGAGGCUAAAAAAUAAAUAUCAAAAGUUAAAAUGACAGAAGCACACAUCCAAACAUUUCCAUCCAAAUGUUCACUUCUAUGAAAAUUAAGCAUUGUUUUUUUUUUUUUCUGAGGGAAAUUAA